AAUGUCUCCGCGGAAACGAACCAGUAAUGCAGGACCCUUCAUUACUCUCCCCAAGAAACGCCGAAUAUCUGCGCCUUCAUCUGACAAUUUACUCUCGCCGCUGAAAGCUCUGACCUUUGACACUUUCAGUCACUCUGUAUCAUCUCCUGCCACCACGGACUCGGGCCAAGCCAGCUCGUCCUCAAUCAACAAGUACACUGUCCACGAAGAUGAGAUCAAUGAAUGCGACGAUCUCUGUGAACUUUUAGCUGAGUCUGACCCAGCCCCCGGGAAUCGAAAAACGCUUCCGGUGCGAAUAUUGACCUCAUUUGAUAUUUACGACUACGAAUCGGAGGACAGAAAAGUUCUUCCUAUGGAAGUAGAUCCGGACGAGGAUUUAGUAUGUUACGGAGCGUCUGGCUUCACAAGCGUGCAAUUCCAAUCGGACGACGAGGACGAGGACGCAUUCUCUGAUGCAGUAGAUGCAUGUAUACCCGUGAAACUCACCGCGAUACAGGAAGUCUGGACAGACAAAGAUGAAAUCUGGAUCCGAACACAUUUUGCGUGGUACAUUCUUGAGGACCCCUCAGAAUCGUAUCAAACGUAUUAUAACAAAAUGAAGGCUCUUGCUCAAGCAUAUUCACGCCGACCAGCUCCUCGGCCCUCACGAAUUAAGGAGCCCUCGACAUCAUUCCUGACACCAAGGGUUGGAAGCAUUGCCCAAGGACUGUUUCUGAGAUCCUUGCUGAUGAUCGGCGAACGCCCUUCUGUGGACCCCGAUUUGCAGAAUGUUUGUGUACAGGACAUCCCUUUCGUCGUUCAUGCUACCGACCCCGACGCAAUAGCGUGGGGUGAAGAAAUUCCCGCCUCACAAGGCCUUUAUAAAUCCGUUUUCAUGGAUGGAGUAGAGUAUCACAUGAACGACACAGUGGCAGUAUCGACAGAUGGAAACGGGGAAACUGCUGCCGGAAGCUCUACAUGGUUCGGCAUUAUAAUGUAUUUCUACGAAGUUGCAGAACGCAAACCUGGGAGGAGUCCCAGAUCAGGGAAAUAUUUCCACAUAAGGUGGUUCGAACAUGGUUCUCGAACCAUUCUGGGAGAAACAGCGAAUCCACAAGCACUCUUCCUUCUUGAUCAAUGCGAUGAUAACCCUGUAGAGACGAUCCUGCAGAAAAUUUCAGUCCGCCAUCUCAGUGUCAGCGAUCUUGAGCCACUAGUUAUUUCUGACAAUGAUGUUGGUUCGAGCUCGUUCCAUCUUAGCUAUAAAUGGGACCAGGACAAAAUGAGCUUGUCAGCUGUGGACUUUGAUGCUGAGAAAUCUCCCAAGCCAAGCAUUGCACGUGCCUAUGCGGCUCAGCCAGAAUACGAGAAAUGUUAUUCUUGUGCAGUCAAGGAUAGUUCGGCAUAUCGGACAAAUGAAGAGUCACUGCCAAUGACGCUGGAAAUCUAUGACAAGCAUUAUCAUGUUAAUGACUUUGUAUAUGUAAAAAUGCCCACAAGACAAAUCGGGCUAUUGGAAAUCGCUCAGAUCGCUAAAAUCCUACCUUCUGACGGAAAUCCCCAGCUGGAAGUGACACUCUUCGAACGGCCUAAGUAUACUCCUAAAGAAGCCACUCCUUUGUUGCAACGAUCUUUGCUGUCAACAGGAAAGGUCAAGAAGAUGUCUGCUGAUUGUCUGGAUGGACACUGCUUUAUUUUGAGAAUAUCAGACAUUGAUGACAUAGACGCAUGGCUGGAGGGCCCUGACAAUUUCGUCAUCGACCAGAAAAGGCCUCUAGAACAAUGCCAGAAGUGUUUGAUAGCCCGCGAAUUGUUUUCUGAGAGUGAGGAUUCGGUCAAGGAACUACCGCUACGUGCUAUGGACUUGUUUUCCGGUGCUGGUGGAUUAACGACGGGCAUGGACCAAUCAGGCUUCAUCAAAACUUGUUGGGCUGUCGAACGUUGCCCUGCAGCAGCCCAGUCAUUGAAAGCCAACCACGCGGACACAGUUGUGUAUAAUCAAGAUUGCAGUGAACUUCUCAAACAUGUGGCAGAACUUCAUGCCGGUAAAACGCCUCCUACUCUCCGGUCUUUGGGACCCGAAAACGAGGCUCUGCCACCGCUUCCAUCGCCCGGUGAAGUUGAUUUGAUUAUGGGCGGUCCUCCAUGUCAGCCAUUCUCCGGAAUGAAUUCGUGGAAGCGAGUCGAUGACAUCAGGCAAACUUGCAUUCCGACCGUAUUGUCUUACGUGGAAUUUUAUUCGCCGAAAUAUGUUUGUAUUGAAAACGUUACUGGCCUGUUGUAUUAUCGUCUGAAAGGACGACAAGAGGGCCGCAGGAUUGUUGGUGGAAUAGAGUCCGGUAUGGUGAAGUUCGUUAUGCGAGCGUUUACAAGUCUUGGCUAUCAGUGUCAGAUGAAAGUCCUCAAUGCUGCAGACUACGGCUCACCACAACAGCGGAACCGUGUCAUCUUCUGGGCUGCACGCCUUGACUUAGCUUUGCCGAAAUGGCCCACACAAACACACAUACCACGGCAAGGCCACAAGGCCGUCCAGCGACGAAUCACGAACGGUUUUCUAGCCCCGCUCGCGUCGCGUAAUGAGUCAGGUGAAAAGCACGAGCAGGCACCUUUUUACGCUGUCACAAUAAAGGAGGCGAUCGACGACCUGCCCGCAUGGGACUGGGAAAACCCAGGUAUUGUUUACCCAGAUGGUGCAAGAAAGCAGGAUUCCAACAAGCCAACGUUUCCGGCCACCGUGGAUCAGCGGAAAUUGGACACGGAAGAUGCUCAGGCAGUAUCCGGGUACAACUAUCCUGUUCGCUACGCGUCAGCGCCAAGGACGCUGUACCAAGCUUUCUGCCGAAAGGGACAAGGUCAUUUGGCCAGGGUGGAGGCGCACUGCACGAUUCUGUAUCCCUCGCUGGUUGUGGAGAGAACAGUGAACGUCCCUAUCAAACCGCUGGCCAACUUUAACGACCUUCCAAAGUCAUUAAAGGGAGAAAAAGCUAAAGGAGAUGCAGAAUCGAAGAAAGACACGUAUUGGCGGCUGGAUGAGAACGAGCAAUUCCGAACGCUGAUGACAAGCUAUAAUCCAGGCUCAAAGGGCGCUUGUGUUAUUCAUCCUACGGAUAAGAGGGUACUCUCAGCUCGCGAGCUUGCACGUGCACAAGGCUUUCCCGACGACUAUGAAUUCUGCCCUGCAGAAGAACGAAUAGCCGUGAAAAUGAGAAACAUGCAACGGCAGAUUGGCAACGCUGUUCCGGUUCACUUGGCGUAUGCACUUGGAAGAGCCCUCGGAGAGGGUUUGAUUCAAGCAGAGAUUGAGGGUCACCUCGAGGAAUUUGAGAGGGGUCGGCAUACUGACUCAGAUGUGCAUAGUAUUAUAUCAGAAGAGCUUUGA